CUUUUUAAAAUUAUUAAUUACAAAAAAGAUAAAAAAUCCGAUAUUUAUAGUUUAGGCGUUCUAUUAUGGGAAAUUUCAAGUGGUCAUCCUCCUUUUCUUGGAUAUUCACGACUUUUAUUAGGUUCUCAUAUUAGUUAUCAGAAUCUUAGGGAAAAACCAAUUGAAGGUACACCUUUGAAAUAUCAACAACUUUAUGAAAAAUGUUGGAAUGGUGA